AUGUCUCACUUCCACCUGACUCACACUCACACUCGUGAGCACACUCCUGACUACGAUACACAUCACUUGCAGCCUGUCCACCACAAAGACUCCAAAUACUCACGCAGAAUCACACUAUCGGAUGAUUCAGAUGACGGCCAUGACGACUACCCCUACUCGUCUUCCCAGAAACUCCAGCGUACCUCCCACACCCUUGCCCUCCGUAACCAACCCUCCCAGCUCGAGCGCUUCAACAUCUGGUCCGACAUCGACCGCCGCGACGCACAAUCCGACGACGAAGACGCCCGUCGUAGAAGCUAUGAGCGGCGCACUGUAUACAAGUACACUACUACUACUCCCACCCACCGCCACUACUCCAAAGACAAGGACGAUGUCUACGAAUCUGAUGGGCGGGACUUCCAACUUAAGAUCCAAGCUGAGUUUACGCGGCCAAAACCUUCGCAAGACUACCACCCUCAACAUCUUCAUCUUCAUCACCAUGAGACCACGGAUAUCUGGCCAACAGAUGUUGUGCAUCGCAAGGAGAAGUGGGUUGAUGAGGACUGGGAGAUGCGGGAGCGAUCGCUCUUGAGGGCAUGGAGGAGGGAGAGUGACUUCUGGGGCGAUGAAACUGAAGGGAAGGCAACAGAGAAGAAUAUUUGGAGGAGGUAUCAUAAAGUGAAGAGCAUGAAGACUGAGAAGCUUGUACCUUUGAGUGGGUGGAGGAGGAGUAAGAUUGUGUUUGGGUCGUGA